AUGGACACCCGGGCCGAGGAGGCGGGAGUGACUCGCCGCCCGAUGCUGGCCUCUUCCUGGGAUGCUGCCUGCGGAGCCCUGGCCCGGAGUCUCCAUCUCACCCGGGCUGGUGUCGGCGCCCCGGACUUGGACUGGGAGCAGCUGCUGGCGCCGCCUGACCCGGGCCAAGAUCUGGUGAUUUUGAAAAGAAGCCUCAACAGUGACCAAGAUGAAAACCCCUGCUUCCUUUACCUGAGAUGUGACCCUAACGGAGGUGAAGAAAUCGUUUCUAUUGGCAUUUUAAGUUCCGCAAGAAAUAUGGAAGUAUACUUAGGAGAGGAGUACUGUGGAACCAGUAGGGGCAAGAAUGUUUGUAGUGAUCUGGAUAACAGUGAAGGUGAAAAGAUUAUUUUGUACAAAAAAUAUCUAAAAUUGGAGUUCUCCACACAUGCUUGUAAAAUAAAGUUGCUCUCCUUUGGUGAAAAGCAGUGUGUGUUCGUCAGUAAAGUUGUGGUACACAUGAGGCGGGUUUCAUCCAGUUCUGCAACAAGCUCUCCUGCUCUAGGAUCAAGGAUAGACCUCCGGAGGGUCCAGACUAUCAUGGAGUCCAUGGGGUCAAAGUUGUCACCUGGAGCUCAGCAACUGAUGGAUAUGGUUAGAUUUCAGCAGCAGAAUCGUAUUCCCAUUGGCGAGCAGCUUCAGUCGGUUUUGGGAAAUCCUGGCUACAGACGUGGGAUUGACCUGCAGUCAUCAUCUACUUCGGGGGCCUUAGACAAGUCCCCGUCCACGCCUUUUCCUUUCAGAACCGGCUUGACCUCUGGAAACGUGACUGAAGACUUGAAAGCUUACACCGAUCAAAGUCUGCAGCCACCCGGUGGCGGAAAGGCUACGAGCCUCCAAGAGUAUAAAACUGUGUCACCGAGCCAUGUUCUUCUUGAGAAUGACCUCAAAAAUGCAGUUUCUUCUCUCCUACCAAAGAAAGCAAGUGACAACUCGAAUAUACCUAACUCUGACUUGCUGCCUUUUCUCCAGAGUUUAUGUAGUCAAGUUAGCCAUCUCCGCGUGGGACGUAACACCAAGUGGCAGGAAACCGUCCCUAAGGCUGGUGAAGACAUUGCUGGUGUUGCCACGGAAGAGCAGCCCGUGUGCUCCUACUUGGAAAAGGUCCUUACUAAAAAUAUGGAACUGAUGGAAAAGAAGCUUGUGGACUACAUUGAUCAGCGGAUACAUAAACUGCAGAAGCACAUAGAUACAAAGAUGGCUUUGUUAAUGGACGUGCUGCAGAGUCCCUGCCCCCCACCCGCCGGGAUGGCCCUCCGACAGUGGGACUCUGGGGAAAGACUUUCAAACGGAGAAAGAUAAGCGCUCGACACGGACCGUGCGCUACAGAUAUUUAUUACGUAUUUAUUAGAAAGCCAAAACCCCACAAGUUCAAGGCAAGUAUUUAAUGGCAUUUGACGAUCACCAUCUUACGUACGGUGACCUCAGUGUUCAUUUUAGCUCCACGUGUUACUGUGAAUCCAGUACUGUGCGCUGAGAUUUAACAACACGAUAGGGUUAUCAAUUAUUAGCAGUAUUUUUAUUGUUUACUUUUAUUUACUUUUUUAAGUGUUUAAGCUUUUUAAGGAUUUCUAUUGCAAUUCAUGAGUCUGUAUUGUAUAUGUGUUGGAUUUAAGUGCUGUUUUAAUUUAUACCAAAACCUUAUGUUUUAAGGGUGUGAAAAAAAUACAGUAUUUGAUAUAUUUUUCUUUUUCUAAAACUGAGUACUUAGGAAUCACAACCUUUAGUUUCAAUCACAUAAUUACAUUUUAUAUUGUUUAUUUCAGAUAAAAAAUUAGAUGUGAUGUUUCUGCAACAUUAAUUUACAUGGGGCCAUUAAUUUUGCAUUCUGUCAUGUUGGAGCUCUAGGUGGAUAGGAGAGAAAAAUCAGAACUGGCCUUUGUUAAGAUUAUUACUUUAGGUUAGUGUUUGGUGGAAAACGAGUUUGAUCUCACUAAACCCAGAAAGCAUAAGGAACUCUUCUUUUCUGAGCUGAUAGUGGUUCUUCUUUCCAGAGCCCUUCUCUGAUAUGUUUCCAGUGUGAAGCACCGAGGCUCUCACAGAAGGAUUAAGGCCUAUGAAUCAAGGAGCUCGAGGUUCUCUCUGGCAGACGUAAUUUUCAGAAAUGACAAUGAUUUCAUAUGUCUUGAGGGGUGGUAUAUUUGCAUCUAAAAAAUAAAUGCGUCUACUCUGGAAACUGUCUCGAGUAAACAGAAAUAGUUUCAUUUCAUCUAAUAUUCGUUCUACGUGAAAAAGAUGUUUUAUGCUCAUUUAACGUUUUGGUGAAUUUAGUUGUUUAAAUAGUGAGAACCAAUACAAUGUUCAUGUACGACUCACUCUGACCUCAGUGACAGGAGGUCUAUGUACCACUUCUAUCAAGCUUUUCCUAAUUUAAUCACCACAUAUGUAGCCAUUAAACAGCAUUUCUUGAAGAAAAA